AUGGCCCCUUACACCCCCGAAACUCCCAUCAGCGAGCUCAUCGCCGACUACGCCUCCAUCAUCAAGGGCAAAACGAUCCUCACCACUGGCGUAACCCUCAAGGGUCUCGGCGCAACCUUUGUCGAGGCCACCGCCACCGCAUCCCCCGGCCUCCUCAUCCUGGCCGGCCGCACCGCCUCCAAGCUUGAGGACCUCUCCAAGAGCCUCGCCGCAGCUCACCCAAACAUCAAGACCCGCCACCUCAUCGUCGACCUGACCUCCAUGGACUCGGUUCGCAAGGCUGCUGAGGAGGUCAAUGGAUGGGAUGACGUUCCCAAGAUUGACGUCGUUGUUAAUAAUGCGGCUGUCAUGGCUAUUCCUUAUUCUGUGACGGCGGAUGGCUUUGAGACGCAGUUUGCUGCUGGUCAUCUUGGACACUUUCUCUUGACCAACCUCAUCAUGGAAAAGAUCCUCGCGUCCGAGUCUCCUCGCGUCGUCAAUAUCUCUAGCAACGGCCACAGCUUCAGUCCCGUCCGCCACUACGAUCCUCACUUUAGCGCAAAGACGUAUAACAUGUGGGCGGCUUACGGACAAACAAAGACAGCCAACAUGCUCUUCUCUCUGUCCCUGGCCCAGAAGCUGGGAAGUAGAGGUCUUCAGUCGUACAGUGUGGACCCAGGUUUGAUCAUGACUACUAACCUGGGAACCCACCUGGACUUUUCAUCCCCAGACAAGGAUCUGGCAAGUCUCUUGCAAGCCCAUCGCGAGCGCGGCCACCUCGAGGGCUGGGAGUUCUUUGCGCCCAUCCCUGUAGAGGUUGGAGCAGCCACGCACGCCUUUGCUGCAUUCGACCCCAAUAUCAAGGCGAGCAACGGUGCUCACCUCCUCAAGUCCCGCGUCUCUGACCCUUACGUCGACACUGUCAAGUCCUGGGCGAGGGAUAUUGUCGAGGCGGACAAGACGUGGAAGCUUAGCGAGGAGCUUGUCAAGCAAAAGUUUAGCUACUGA